AUGGAGGUGACACAGCCGCAGUCCAAUGCUUCUGUUACCACUACUCGUCAACCUCGAACAGACCCCAUCAAUGACAACAACAGAAAGAACUUCAUUGAUAUUGAUUAUUUUAAUUCUUUUCCACCCGGGUAUAGGUUUCGCCCUUUGGACGGAGAGCUUGUCGUUCAUUACUUGAAAAACAAGAUAGCCAAUCAACCCUUGCCUCCAAACAAGAUCAUGGAGGUUAAACUUUAUGAGUACAAUCCCGAGAAGCUUGCAGGUUCUUUGAUCUUUAACACAACCUAUUUCCAUGCUUAUGCAUAUAUUUACGCGAUGAUUUUAGGAGUAUUGGCAAUGUGGGGAGACAGAAUGGUAUUUUUUACACCAAGGGACAAGAGAUAUCCAAAUGGAAGUAGACCAAAACGAGAUGCCGGUGGUGGAUACUGGAAGGCAACUGGAGGGGAUAAAGCUGUUAAAUAUAAGGGUGCUGUGGUUGGAUAUAGGAAGGCACUUGUUUUCUACAUGGGAAAGCCUCCAAAUGGUACAAAGACUAACUGGAUUAUGCAUGAAUAUAGGGUCAGUGAUGCCCCUCCAAGAAUCAAAACAAGUGCCGAUGAUAUGAGGUUGGAUAAUGUGGUUUUAUGCAAGAUAUAUAUGAGGGAUGCGAAAGACAAUUUGAGAAGUCGACUUUCAAAUGAGGAACAAUCUGCAGAGUUAGAUGAUCAAACUGCUGAUGUUGUUAGGGAUGUUGACAAAAAUAGCGAUCCUCCAGCCUACACAAACGCCCUUAAUGACAAUAAGCAAAUUGUUUCAAUCCCAAUCCAAGAGAAUCCAAGUGCAUUUUAUGAAGAUCCUCCUUAUGUUCCAAUCAACAAUCAUGAUCAUCACCAAGCAAUGUUAGAAGCUGCCAAUUAUCAACGAGCAAUGUUUGCAGCUGCCAACUAUGGAUCUUAUCGAACUUAUGCUACUGGUAUGACACCACCAAUGCCUGAACCUGUUCAGAUAUAUCCCCCAGAGGACAUCCAGAUACAUCCCACAGAGGACAUCCAGAUGCAACCCACAGAGGACAUCGUAUCUAAAUAUCUGAAUGAGAAUUCUUGUGAGUUCGAGCUAUCACUAUCACCGGAUGAUUGGGAUAUUAUUUCCAAUUGUCUACUAUAGUUAGUAAUUAGUUAUAUACAGUGAUUGACCAUCAUCUGAUUUGAAAUUAUUUAGUCAUUUGGUGAUCAACUUAUGUAUAGGAUGAUGAUAACUGGUUAGUUAGCAGGGAACAUCCAGUUUUGUAAAUUGAAUUUGCUAGAAUCAAUGGAAAAACAAUAACCAAUGUCCAUUUACUUCAAUAAAUGGAGGAUAGCGAUUGCAGAAGCUGCUCCAAAAAGGGUGCAUGCAAUUAUACCUUCAAAUGCAAGAGUGCUUGCCAAACGCAGAUUUCGCCUCAUAUAAGGAACGUCUGUGUCCAAACCAAUCAAGAACAAAAAAAUGACUCGAAAAUUGAAUGUCAGAAGUUGAUA